AACUCAAACCAAGCUUUGCUUUGUUUUCCCUUAUGGAAAUUACACAACACUGUGCAGACAAAGCUAAAGCUUCACCUCCUAAGGUUGUCUUCUUGUUUCUGAAAGUACACUCUUUUUAUUCUUCUGUUCCUUUGUGUCUCUUCCCUCUUGAGCCACUUUGCUAUGGAAAUGGAAGCUUUUGCUUUUCCAGUUAGUUCUGGUGUAAUUGGAAGUGGGUAUACUUCUUCUUCAUCUUUGAUUUUGGAUAAGGAGAAGGGAGAGCUUGUAGAGGCCCCUGUCAAAUUGGAACGCAAGGUCGUGUCCCCUGAGAGAAGUAUUGAAGCCUUGAAGAACCAUAGUGAGGCAGAAAGGAGAAGGAGGGCAAGAAUUAAUGCACAUCUUGAUACACUUCGCAGUGUCAUUCCAGGUGCUAAUAAGUUGGACAAAGCAUCCUUAUUGGCUGAGGUUAUUAGACAUUUGAAAGAGCUGAAAACGAACGCAGCAAAAGCUAGUGAAGGCUUAAUGAUACCAAAGGACAAUGAUGAAAUUAGAGUUGAAGAACAAGAGGGUGGGUUGAAUGGUUUCCCUUACUCAAUUAGGGCAUCACUAUGUUGUGAAUAUAAACCAGGGUUGUUGUCUGAUAUAAGACAAGCACUUGAUGCACUUCAUCUUAUGAUAAUAAGGGCAGAGAUUGCAACAUUGGGAGGUAGGAUGAACAAUGUCUUUGUGAUAAUUAGCUGCAAAGAACAGAAAUUUGAAGAUGCUGAAUCCCGUCAGUUUCUGGCUGGAUCUGUUCACCAAGCUCUUAGAUCAGUACUAGAUAGAUUUUCUGUUUCACAGGACAUGUUAGAAUCCAGAAAGAGAAGGAGGGUUUCUAUAUUCAGUUCAUCAUCUUUAGGAGAUUUCUUGUGAAAACUUUUCUUGUUAAAUAGUACUUUAAAUCUCCAUAUGCUUAGUAUGAUAUAAUGAUGGGGGAGUGAGUGAUAUUAGCAAAUAGCAAUCUUUACUUGUUAU